AUGGUGUUGAAUUUAGAGAAGGAGGAUCUCAAGGAGGGGGAUCUCAAGAAGGAGGAGGUCAAGGAGGAGGAGGUCAAGAAGGAGAAGGUCAAGAAGGAGGAGGUCAAGAAGGAGAAGGUCAAGAAGGAGAAGGAGGAUCUCAAGGAGGGGGAUCUCAAGAAGGAGGAGGUCAAGAAGGAGAAGGUCAAGAAGGAGAAGGAGGAUCUCAAGGAGGGGGAUCUCAAGAAGGAGGAGGUCAAGAAGGAGAAGGUCAAGAAGGAGAAGGAGGAUCUCAAGGAGGGGGAUCUCAAGAAGGAGGAGGUCAAGAAGGAGAAGGUCAAGAAGGAGAAGGAGGAUCUCAAGGAGGGGGAUCUCAAGAAGGAGGAGAUCAAGGAGGAGGAGGUCAAGAAGGAGAAGGUCAAGAAGGAGAAGGAGGAUCUCAAGGAGGGGGAUCUCAAGAAGGAGGAGAUCAAGGAGGAGGAGGUCAAGAAGGAGAAGGUCAAGAAGGAGAAGGAGGAUCUCAAGGAGGGGGAUCUCAAGAAGGAGGAGAUCAAGGAGGAGGAGGUCAAGAAGGAGAAGGUCAAGAAGGAGAAGGAGGAUCUCAAGAAGGAGGAGGUCAAAGAGGAGGAGGAUUUCAAGGAGGAGGAGGAUCUUUCUAAUAUUCUCCUUCUUAUAGAUAUCCUCUUUCUUGAUCUUCUUCUCCUUUUUGACCUCUUCCUCCUUGACCUCUUCCUCCUUGACCUCCUCCUUCUUGAGAUCCCCCUCCUUGAGAUCCUCCUUCUCUACUAA